AGCGCACAUUUUUCCCCGUCUUCAACCCUCUAAGUGCUGAUUUUGUAAUGUCUCUAGCCUUCAGCUUCGGUUCAUUCGGAGACAUCGUCACUCUUAUCGAUCUGACGACUAAAGUCAUCCAAAUUCUCACGAGCACUUCUGGUGCAUCCGAAAGCUUUCAAGGCUUGAUUCUUGAUGUUACUCGAUUGCAACAUUUUCUGCAACAAGUACACAGUUUCUCACGUCAACGCAACGUGACGAUCCUCAAGAGCCACCUACUCACCUCUGAUGACAUUGCUACUGCUAUCCGGGAGUGCUCGCGAAGCUUAGAGCGAAUCCUGCAGCGAGUGACUUAUUACCGAUCUUAUGUCGAGACCCGAUGUGGCAAAUCUGGACGCCAUUCCUGGCAUCGAACUUGGAUAACAUCUGGCUGGAUGCUUUUGAAAAGUAGAGAAAUCGAGCAGUUCCGAUCUGAGCUGGUGGAACAUAAUACAUUACUUGCCAGGAUACUGUCAGCCAUGAGUUGCGAGUCGAUACAGGUCGUUCAACAGGUCACUACGCAAACCAACGGAUAUGUUUCGGAGGUCGCAAGCAGAUCUCUGGCCAUUGAUGCCAACCUGAAUGUUGCACUCCAACUUCUCCACAAUGUCGAUCUAAAGAUUUCCGCCAGUCUGGUGCGAGAUUGGGCUCCAGACGGUGCAUCUCCUCUUCGAGUACAUGAUUGGAUAGGACAACUGUCGGUCCUACCAAGGCAAGCAGUUCUCACCCCUAAUCAACUUCAACAGUACAUCAUCAAUCGAACGGAAAGUGGACUUUGCCAAGUCAACUGCUCUGGAGACUGGGAGACCAUUGAUCCCUACCGCAGCGAUCUCAAAAAUAACAGAUGUUGGGACAACGGCUGCGAGGCAUGCGGCAUUAUUUCCCAUGAAUGGGGCAUGCUACAGACUUACUUGAAGCAUCACCCACACAUUCCCGUAUCCCUUAUCUGUUACCACUCAACAUCGAAAUGCGGGCAUCAUGAAUAUGUGGACCUUACUCAUGCAACGCGUCUUGGUUGGAGGCUGGGAAGCACCCAGACGGUAGCGUUUACAGAUUCGUUGGACUAUUCUGGUCCGCUUGUGGAGAUAGGUUUUGUAGGAGCAUAGCGGGGUAUGUAUCUUGCAACAUUGGCUGUUUUCUUAACAUCCUGCUCAUCAAGUUGCCCUGGAUUGCCUACCAGGCCUAGGUGACCUGAAUGCGAUAUCUGACUGCAACAUCCUCGAGGUCACCAGUCACAGUUUCGCCUAGUAAAUCAUUAAUAUAGUUAGAGCUAGUACUGCGCGGAACUCCUGAAGAGAGUAUCCACCUUUAAUGGUGUGACUGACCGCUGCAGGCGAGCUUCUUCAUUGUUAGCCUGGACGAUCCGUUCUCGUGUCACAUAUCCAACCUGCAACACUUCGUCCCCUUCACCCUUUCCCAGUAGGUCUCGAUAGUAUUCGUUUACAUCAGUCCUUCUGUGAUGUAGUUGUUUAUCGUCACGAUCCUUUCUGAAACAUGACCCAAGAUCGUUCGAACCUUCGAAAACGAAACGAUCCGCGUCGAAAACCGCCGCCGGAGAAAUGAGAAGAACAUCUCGAUAUUGUCUGGAAAUGGUUUCCGCAAUGUGGAGAUGCAUAGAGGUUGGUUCUGUAAUAUAGGGCGAAGGGAAGACAUUGGUGGCGUAAUGUGAGAUGCUGACGAGACUACUGGGAACCUCUGCAAGACUUGUCAACCAGAAUCCUUCUGGAUGACGGGAAGUCAUGUAGAAAAAGAUACGAGCGAACAGCUCUAUAGUCAUCCCCGUCCGACGGAUCUUGGGUGAUAUGCACGUCAAUCCUGUAUGGAAGACGGUAAAUGGUGAUGCAUAGCCAGCAGCAGCUGGCAUAGGUAGAAAGACAGAUGAGACGAAAGCCACUAUCUCAGAGUCGGAAGGGCGACGAGCGAUAACGAUCAACUUGUCGUCCAGGGCACCCGUUGCGGAAGAAAGACACUGGUAAUCCGGGAGGGGAUAGAGACACUGGGAAGCUAGAGCACGUAGCUCAUUGACGAACAUAGUCCGUUGAGACGCUGUCCAGUGCCUGCCAGGGCGAUCAUAUAGUUCGAAGUCGAAUGGCGGGGAGUUCUUUAGUGUCAUAGCAGGCAGAACUAUGAUUUGGAUAGAUAUAUCAGUUACGGUGCAGAAUGGUUCAGUGAGCAGAGAGACCUACUGAAAACUGUGCAGAAGAAGGGUCUUUCCAGGUAUAGCACAAUUCAUGUAGGAGUGGACAUAAGAAGCAUACCUCUUGUGGUC